AUGACGUUUGAAGAAGAAGUGAGUAGGAUUACAACAUUUGAAGAACGCCUCAAGAGCCAAAACGAACCGGAGAACAAUAAUCUCUUAAUGGUAAGUUCAGACAAUCAACCCGGAAAUUGGCAUCAUGGAAAUGGACGCGGCGAUCAAAAUCAUGGUAGAGGACGCGGAGGAAGUUCGUUUAGAGGAGGAAGUGGACGUGGACGAAGUAUGGAUCGAGGAAAUAGAGACAAGAGAGAGUUCAAGUGUUAUGAAUGUGGUGAAUUCGGUCACUUCGCAUACGAGUGUAGUAAGCGAAAAGAUGAAGAAAAAGAGAAGGACGAAUUGGCUCAUCUUGCGUUGGAAGAAGAACCAAUGCUAUAG